UCCGUCCGUUCGGUCUGGUUUAGUUUGUCACCGAAACUGAUCCUUUGCACAUCGGCAUCGGCCCCACCCGGCUCAUAGCCACUGGCACUGGUGUGGAACUAAGAACUGUUUGCGCACGUCCACGAUUUUGUUUGCUGGUGGGUCCUCUCGGUGCUUCGCAUCCUGGUGGAGUUGUCGUGCCGUGCGUGAGUGUAUGCGGGGGCGUGAGUUUAGAAUUGUGAGUGUCUGUGCUUGAUAGACGUUAGUGCAAGUGUGUACAUUUGUGUUACUUAAGUGGACUUAGUCAGUGCGCCACGUGAACAACAAUGAAACAUCUGCUAGCAGGACUAGGUGUGCUGUGCAUAGCGCUGGCAACACUGCACGCAGCCCGCAUCAAGAUACCGGCCAAAAGUCGCAACGAUGAUCUCUUCUCGGAGGAUGAGUUUACGUUCCCGGUUGAGGAUAAGAAGGACCCGACCAACUUCACCGGUAACGUUAUGAAGGCGUCGAUCGUGAUGGCGGAGGUACGGAACCAGGGCAAGGGAAAGUUUAAGUAUGCUGUCGAGACGGAGAAUGGUAUCGAGAUUGAGCAGAUUGGAAAGUUAAAGAAUGAUUCCAAAACAUUCGUUGUGAUGGGUUCGUACACCUACACCGGUGCUAAUGGAAAGCGAUACCGGGUCCGGUACACUGCCGACGAGUUUGGUUAUCAUCCCAUUACCGAGCUGGACCUGGAAAUUCCCGAUCUAAACCAAGUACAGCCAACGCAGCGAACCAUUAGUCCGCUCAAGUUUACGACUCGCUCAACGACGCCCCGAACGACUACAACCACCACCACCACCACAACCACGACUACAACCACCACCCCAAAGCCAGCCCUGGAGGAGGAUGGCUACCAUUACGAUCGUCCGGAUAAUGCGUACCUACCGCCAAACAAUGAGUAUCUCCCACCGCAGGAACCGGACAUCGACUAUCUGCCCCCGAAGGAGGAUGGUCCGCGAAGGUACGAAGAACCGGCCGAUGAGUUUCUGCCACCAAAGUACGAUCUGCGUGUGGGCUCGAAUGAGUAAAUAGGGUAUCGCUGUGCUGCGAUUUGAGGCACAGGAACAGCUAUUAAGUAAAAUGCAAGUACAACAGUGGCCGUUUGCUUAGAACUGUAUCGUAAGAAAUAUGAUUUAAAAUCUGAGAGAUGUUCCGAGAGAAGAUGCGAGAAGAGGAUAUAGCUAGGGGAUCGUAUGUUCUGUUUCGCUGGUAAACGAUGUGAGGUGGGAUCUAGUGCGAUGAGUAUGCGACGAAAAAUGUAGCCUGGAGCUUGGUCCAAUAAAUCCUACAGUACAAAUUCUGAUACAA